UCGUGUUGAUGUUUUGCGACUAACCUGAUGCAAUUUUCUGAAAGUGGGUUGUUUACGUCGUGGUUUUUUAAAUGUAUUUAUGGAUUAAGGGAAUUAGUAUACGAAACAGACCUCGAUGCUUACUUAAUGUAUGGAAACGCAAGCUUUAUUGCCAUGUAGGCUGUACUAUACAAAGUGUAAACCCUGAAAAUCAUUUAACGAAGCUAGGCCUAGGCAAGCAAGUAAGUUACCGGGGAUCUACGGUAUCAUCACCGGUAGCACACAGGAAGAAGCAAACGCCGUUUGGAGAACGCUGGGUACAGGGUAGGCUUAGGGAAUUUCGGACGUUGACAGCGUCAAAUUUGUGUUGUAAUUCAAAUGAUAAUAACUCGUUAACGUCUUUAAUUGAAGAAAUGUCUCACCUCAACAUUUCGUCUUUUACUGAAAAGAAGAGUAAACGUCUAAAAUUAAAGGGAAUGGUGGGCAAUUUCUCAUUACAAGUCAUCGGCACGGGAUCCUUGGAAUGUCCCCCAAGCAUCCUGGUUAUAGCAGACUCCAACAGGUACUUGUUCAACUGUGGUGAAGGGAUCCAACGUCUUCUAAUGGAAAAUGGUGUAAAGAAUCUUUCCAAAUUGGAAAAUAUUUUCCUAACGAGAAUGGAAUGGGAAAAUAUUGGAGGUCUUAUUGGUAUGACAAUUACUUUGAAAAAUGUUGGUCUACCAAAAGUUCAUUAUCAUGGCCCACCAAACAUGAAAAACUUUGUUGAUGCUCUUCAGAUAUUUGCAAAACAUGAGAAAAUAAACAUAGGUCUGAAGCCCUACACAGAUGGACUUUUUAACACAAAUUCUAUGUCAGUUACACCAGUUGCUAUCUUUGGCAACCAAUCAGAAACAAGUAAAUCAACAAUUGACACCGAUAGUCAUUCAUAUUCAGAAACUCUGAACGAACCAACAGCAGUGACUGAAGACGGUGAUGUAGAUGCAAUAACGAAAGAAAAGAAAGAUCCAAUUGAUUGUGACACUGCAGUUGAUUUAUCUAAUAUAGCAGCAGGUCCUUCAGGAGAGAUGUCACAGAAUGCUGCCACUCAGUCUUUGAAGAACUCACCAGAUGAUGAUGUCAGCACAGUCAGCCCUCUGAGCGAUGUUAUCUCUGACAUGAGUGUUAGGCAGAGUUCUGCAGGUGCAAAGAAAAUGAGGUCGUCUUCGCUUGCUAAUCUCACAGUAGCCUACAUCUGCAAGGUCCAUAAACGGCCAAGAAGUUUAAUUGUGAAGAAAGCUUUAGCUCUAGGCCUGCCUCCAGGACCAAAGUAUACAGACUUAAAAAGAGGACUUUCAGUUAAGACAGAUGCUGGAGUUGAGAUUCAUCCUGAUGAUGUUCUCGGUCCUGAUGUCCCUAGCUACCCAUUUAUAGUGCUCCAGUGUCCUUCAGUUGAGUUUCUUGAUUCUUUGUGCAAUAAUAAGGAUUUACAAAGUUGUCAGGCAGGAAAUGGAGAGAAUUCUUCAAGGCUCAUUAUUCACAUCACACCAACUGAAGUUCUCCAACAUUCACGGUAUAAAGAUUGGAUGAAAAGGUUUCACUCCGAGGCUGAGCAUCUGAUAUUGAACCACUGUCAGAGGAGUGCAUCACAUGAGUCAGCAAGAGGCCUACAAGCUAAGCUUAACCUCAUGCACCCUGAUAUAUUCACCCUACUCCCAGAGCCUAAAUGGACAGACUUCAGCCUGGGUGAUGGCUUGAAUGUUGUCAAAGGCGAGACAUACCUGAGAUAUCACAUUUGGCCUUCAACCGGUUUCGACAGGAGUUUUGUUCCAACUUUAAAUAUGAAGUCAUAUGUAGAAGCUGCAAAAGAAAUUGAACAUUUUAUAGAAAAUGUAGAAUUAUUUAAAUCGGAUCAAGCAAGUAAUGUGACACAGCAAAGAACAGUUAGAUACCCAGAAGUACUCUUUCUAGGAACAGGCUCAGCAAUGCCAAAUAAGGAGAGAAAUGUUAGCUGUGUUUUGUUGAAUCUAAGUGAAGAUCAGACAAUGAUAUUAGAUGCAGGCGAAGGGUCAUUUGCUCAAAUGUGUCGUUUCUAUAGCAACCAAGUUGAAGAUGUUUUGUUUAAACUUCAUUGUGUCUUCAUCUCACAUAUACAUGCUGAUCAUCAUGUUGGCCUUGUUCAGAUACUGCGUCACUGGAAGCAAGUGAUGAUAAGUCGAGGGGCAGAAGACAGAGAUUUAAUGUUAGUCGGUCCUAAGCGCUUACUCAUCUGGUUAAACCAAUACAAUAGGAAUUGUGAAGAUUUUAUCCAUAAAGUUAGGUUUAUAGAAUUAAAAGAUUUUUCCAAAGAACAAGAUAACAUUCCAAGGCAAGGACAGGCAUUGCUGAAGAAACUCAACCUUACUAAGUUUGAAACUGUGCCUGUGAUCCACUGUGCAAAUGCUUAUGGAGUUGCCAUCACUCACCAAGAUGGCUGGAAGAUAGUAUAUUCAGGGGAUACUAUGCCAUGCCAAGCUCUUGUAGAGGCAGGAAUGGAUGCUGAUUUGCUGAUACACGAGGCAACCUUAGAGGAUGGAAUGGAGGAAGAUGCAAGGCUGAAGAGACACAGUAUGACGUCAGAAGCUAUUGACAUUGGUGUACAGAUGAGGGCAAAGUUCAUCUUACUGACACACUUCAGCCAACGUUAUUCCAAGAUCCCGCUCUUCAGCGACCAGUUCAGCGACAAAGUAGCAGUUGCCUUUGACAAUAUGAAGGUUUCAUUGUCUGACGUCCAUCUUCUUCCGAAACUGAUUCCUGCUAUGAAGAGUUUGUUUGCAGAAGCGCUUCUAGAACUUGAGGAAAUCCGAGACAAAAAAAUUGAGAAACGCACAUUUCCACUCGACAUUCAACAAAACGUUGCUUCAAAAAAACAGAAAAGUGAAAACUAAAAAUAAUCAUUUGCAACUCUCUUAUUGGCGUGAA